AGAGAGGGAAAAAAAGCAGCCGUCGCGCUUUCGCCAUUCCCACGCCGCCGCCGUCGCAUCUCUCCCCUAUCUGCCGCGGCGCCAUGCUCCGGCUACGAAGCUCCAUCCUCGCCCAUCUCCUACCUUCUUCUCCAGCCACCUCUCCCGCACCCCCUCUCCGCCGCCUCCUCUCUGUCUCUGCCAUAGCGCCCGCAAUCUCCCCAAGCGCCGGAUUCGCCGCGGAGGACUACCUCGUCGCCACCUGCGGCCUCACCCGUCCUCAGGCCCUCAAGGCCUCCCCGAAGCUCUCCCACCUCAAAUCCCCCACCAAUCCCGACGCCGUCCUCGCCUUCCUCGCCGGCCUCGGCCUCUCCGGUGCCGAUGUCGCUGCCGUCGUCGCCAAGGACCCGCAGCUCCUCUGCGCCAAGGUGGAGAAAACCCUGGCCCCCAAUGUCGCGGAGCUCACCGGCCUCGGUCUCUCGCGCCCUGAGAUCGCGCGCCUCGUCUCGCUCGCCGGCGCCACUUUCCGCUGUAGAUCCAUCAUCUCCGGGCUGCAGUACUGCCUGCCCCUCUUCGGGUCCUCCGAGAACCUCCUUCGAGCCCUCAAGAGUGGCUCUGUUCUCGGCUCCGACCUCGAGCGGGUGGUCAAGCCCAAUGUCACCUUCCUGCAGGAGUGCGGGCUAGGUGUUUGCGAUAUUGCCAAGCUCUACGUAAUUAGGCCAUCGCCGCUCAGCAUCAGCACGGAACGCAUCCGGGCAGCAGUGGCCUGCGCCGAAGGUCUUGGUGUACCCCGUGGAUCUCAGAUGUUCAGACAUGCGCUACAAGCUGUUGCAUUCCUCAGCGAGGAGAAAGUCGCCGCCAAAGUGGAGCACCUGAAGAAAGCGUUCAGGUGGUCGGAUGCUGAGGUGGGCAUUGCUUUUUCAAAGGCUCCAGCGUUGCUCAUGAGGGCUAAGGAAUCGCUGCAGCGCAGGUCCGAGUUCCUCAUCAACGAGGUGGGCUUGCAACCGGCUUACAUUGCUCAACAGCCGGCAAUUGUCUGUUACAGCCUAGAGGGUCGGCUCAGGCCCCGGUACCAUGUUGUAAAGUUUCUCAAGGAAAAUGGAUUGCUCAUGCGUGACCCGCAUGUUGUAAAGUUUCUCAAGGAAAAUGGAUUGCUCAUGCGUGACCCGAGCUACAGUGCUGUUUUCAAGGAGGCUGAGAAGGUAUUCAGGGAGAAGUUCAUAUGCCCUUACAAGGAAGCUGCACCACAUCUCGAAGAAGACUAUGAUGCUGCUUGUAAAGGGAAACUGUCGACUAAUUUCAGAUUCACAUGAGCCAAGAACGGGCUAUGAUCUGGUUGUUCGCUGUUGUAUGACUCUUAGGUGCUGGGUUGGUCGUUGCUAAUGUGUGAUGGAAUUGUUAAUUUGAUCCCUGAAUACUGAUAUGUAGUGUCAUCACUCAGCAGAGAAGAAACCAUGGAUCAGUUAUGAACUUUUUUGUCCUCAUUCAUGUUUUUAAACACACAUAUUGAAACUAAGUGUGAGAUCAGACCAUGGAGGAGGGCUCACUUGUACAGGUUAUCUGCUAAACCUCGAACUCUCACAUGGAGGAGGGUUGGCAUCAUUUAAGUUUAAGUAAGUAAACCUAUGUGCCUCUGUUCAUUUUUAUACCAGUAAUGUUAUCAAGACAAUGGAGAAGCACUUCCUGCUAGUAAUGUUAUUGAGACAAAGAAGCACUAAUUUUUUA